GCUCCAUUUACAUAAAUAUCCCUCAAAACUCCAUUACUACUAACCUUCUAAUCUCUUCGCCCACCAAACAACCAAAACCUCUCUGCAACCAAAACGCUAAACGCAACCAAACUCUACAAUGACGGGGAGAUACUGCGACCAACACAACGGCUAUGAGGAGAGGAGGAUGAGGAUGAUGAUGAGACGCAUAGCAUGGGCAUGUCUUGGCCUAAUCGUGGCGGUUGCGUUCGUGGUGUUCUUGGUGUGGGCUAUACUUCACCCGCACGGACCGCGUUUUGUCCUCCAAGACGUAACCAUUAACGACUUCAACGUUUCUCAGCCAAAUUUCCUCUCUUCAAAUCUCCAGGUCACUGUAUCUUCUCGCAAUCCAAACGACAAGAUCGGCAUUUUUUAUGAUCGUCUCGACAUCUACGUCACAUACCGGAACCAAGAGGUAACGUUGGCGAGGCUCUUGCCGUCAACGUAUCAAGGACAUCUGGAAGUAACGGUGUGGUCACCAUUUCUGAUUGGCUCCGCCGUGCCGGUGGCUCCUUACCUAUCUUCGGCAUUGAACGAAGACUUAUUCGCCGGGUUGGUGCUUCUCAACAUCAAAAUAGACGGUUGGGUUAGGUGGAAAGUGGGCUCGUGGGUCUCUGGCAGUUAUCGCCUCCACGUUAACUGUCCUGCGUUCAUUACCGUCACCGGAAAGUUAACCGGCACCGGUCCGGCGAUCAAGUACCAGCUUGUUCAGCGAUGUGCUGUUGACGUAUGAAAAACAAGAAGAAGAAUCUUUUUUUUUCUAGGGUGUUAAAGGAGAUAUAAAGGUAAACUAUAGGGCUGUAGCAAAUUGUUGUUGAUUUGACUUAUUAGUUAAUUUAUCUAAAGGGUGUUAAAAGAAGGGAAGAACAAAACGCUAAUUAAACUUGUUCGUUUAAGUAAUGUCCAUGGUACUAAAGCGAAAGCAGAACAUAUUAGUAAGUUCACAUCAUCACAUGUAUUCCUUUUUAUCCAAUUCAAUUUUAA